AAAGAAUGUCAACUGCAUAAAAGCGUGGAUGUAGCUUCGACGUUUCAUUCACCUACUGUGACGCUACCACUAACCAACUUCCAGUUACCGUCUUUUAAACUUAGUAUUUGAUAUUUAGUCUCAACCUCUUCACACUAUGCCUGUUGACUUCAGUGGAACAUGGAGCCUCGCCAAGAGCGACGGUCUCGCACCACUUCUCGAUGCUCUCAAAGUUCCAGCAGAAAAGAGACCAUCCGACGAGAGUGCUACCGUAGUCAUCACCCAGUCCGGUGACAGUUUCGUCAUCAAGACAACCACAGCCGCUGGAACACGCGAGGCCAAAUUCUCUAUCGGUACUCCUUUCGUGGAUCAAGACAUCAAAGAAUUGAGAGGCAAAGACAUUGAAGUCACAGGAGCAUGGGACGGAGACAAAUUGGUACUGAAAGGAGCAGGUGGCAACUCAGUGACACGUGAGAUAGUCGGUGGCCAGAUGGUAGUCACCUUCGACUUUGGUGGAAUCAGUGCCAAGAGGUACUUUACCAAGUCCUAAAGGCAGUUCUAGUAAUGGUUGUACGUAAUCGGAAGACCAAAGAAACCAGGAAAAGCAAAUUAUUGAUACGUUACGCCUACUCGGGUAUUUCGAAUGUCAUGAUGAGAUCAGAACUUUGCUAAACUCCGGUUAAUGUGAACAUAAUGACGUAUGGUCUAAUGAAUGUGAUAUACAAUGGGUUGAUAAAUGAUUGUACGAAUUCUAUGUAAAUUUUGAAUCAGUUGAUAUCUUCCAUGUGAAGAGAUAACAAUAAUUAUGUUAAAACAACACAAUGCUGUAAAUUUGGUAUUAAUGUAUUGUUUGAAAUAAAUUUCAUAGACCUAUCGA